AUGUCAUCUAACGGGCUCAGUUCUGAUAACGACGACAGUCAAUCAAUGGAUAUCACAGCUAAUAUUCAAUCAUCCCAAUCUGGAAAUGAUGACACCAUUGAAAAUACCAGUGAUUUGGUUGAGUUGCAAAAUUGCAGCAAGAUUACUUUUGGCGAUGAUGAAACCAAUAAAGAUUAUCAUCGUAUAGUCAAUAAAACCAAUGAUUUAAAUGAUUUGCAAAAUGGCGCCAAUGAAUCCAUUGAUGAUGAUGAUAAUAAUGAUAAUGAAUCCACCCCAAUUAAAGAACAAGAACUGAACCAAGUAGAACCAACAACAUCAAACUACAUCAAACAAUUGAUCUUGUCUUUUUUUGGCUUAGAAUUAAUUUCCCAAUGUAUUUCAAUCACUAGCGAAAAUGUGGAUGACGUUAUAAAAUUCGUGCUUUUGGUUUGCGAGUCACUUGGCUUAACAGUGAGGGAGGAAGCAGUUCAUGAAACUGAAACUACACUUUGUAGCAGCAUCUUUUUUAGGUGCUGUUACUCCCAUGAGGUUCCCUACUGUUGCCUAAAAGUGUCUCACAUGUUCAGGAAAAGUACGAAUUUUAGUUUCUAUGAAAUAAACUUAAAGUUGAAAGGGGAACAUUCUAAUAAUUUCAAAGAUCAAUAUAAAUAUAAGCACCCAGUUGCAUAUUCCCGAAUCCAUCAAAAGAUUCAUAAUCUCACUCAAUUGAAAUUAAAGUCAGUACAAAAAGAUCUUAAAAAAUAUAAAGUUCAAAGAUCAAAAAGAAAUAAAGCUAAACGAAUCUGGGCUCAAAGAAAAAGUGAUUUAGAGUUAGUCAGAAAACUUGAUGAGGUUAUUCCAAGAGUAGUAAAGUAUAUUGAAGAUGGUGUUGCACAAAGUGAUGAUAAAACUAAAGAAGCAUGUGAGAAAUAUGUAAAAAUUGCUAAUAAAUCCAAAAAUGGUAAUCAAUAA